AUGCUUGCCUCUGAGUCCCCUAAGAUUUCAACCUAUUUCAUCCCACUGCUUGGAGAAGCUCCAUUCUGGUGCAGUUAUUUAGAUAGUCUUGUAGUGGAGUGUGAACCGGAUGUUACAACUAUGUAUGAUGGUUAUAAAUUUAUCACUCGCCAACAGCUCGCUGACUUGGGAAUGUCAGAGCUUAUUGGGACCCAGUUCUUGAGAGCCUAUAUGCAUGGAUAUUUCAUUUCUGCACGUCUUUAUAAUAAAAUACAAGAUCAUCUUGGAAUUUCUCAGAAGCCACUCACCUCUGUAGCCAAACUCAAAUCCUUUGACCUUCAGCCGAAAUCUGUAUCACGUUCAGAAAAUAUAAUUGCAGAGUUCAAUGAAGCUUCCACUGAUCAGCGUUUCUCUAAGCUCACUUAUAAUCCGAAACUUACAUUGAGCGCAACAGAUGAGGAUUCAGAUCUUAUACAAAUUCAUCAAGCAAGAUUAGAAAAGAAACGUAGGCGUAAAGAACUACGGAAAGAACGGGCUGCUCGUACUCAGUCACUGAUAACAAAAGUCUCCAAUGAACAUAUCUGA